CCUUUCUGUGGUUUUAGAAUCCGAUAGACAGCGUUAUGAAAGGUUCACCUUGACCUCUUAGUAUCUAAAUAAAAAGGGAUUUUCUACGAGAUGCAAAGCAUUGUGAAUUCACUAGCUGACCAAAGCAGAAACAUGCCAAUUGUACAAACGUUAAUCUUCUUAAUAUUAGUUCUGUUACAGAGUCAUUAUGUUACAGCUCAUGGUCGAUUAAUUGAACCCGCCAGCCGCUCUAGUAUGUGGCGUUUCGGCUUUGCCAAUCCUAUCAAUUAUAACGACAAUGAACUUUACUGCGGUGGCUUUUCUGCGUUGUGGAAAAAAAAUGGCGGAAGAUGUGGGGUGUGUGGAGAUCCUUUCGAUGGCACACGUGAAAACGAAGCGGGUGGUAAAUAUGCUAACGGAAUAAUAGCAGCCCGAUACACACAAGGGGAACUAAUAAAUGUAACUAUACAAUUAACAACAAACCAUUUAGGCGGAUACUUUGAAUUUAAUCUCUGUCCAGUAAACGACCCUAAAAGACGGGCAGAUGAAAACUGCAUGCUCAAUCAUCCUGUGUUGACAUUAGAUGGAAAGCGACGCUAUACUUUAAGGACAUCGACUUCAGGUUUAUUUCACAUAACUCUCCGAUUACCACAAGGCGUUUACUGUAAACAAUGCGUGUUUCGAUGGAAAUAUAAUGCAGGUACACAAUGGAAUUGUGAUGGUACUAAAUGUUGCCUUGGAUGUGGUAAUCAAGAACAGUUUUAUGCAUGCUCUGAUGUUUUGAUUUCUCCAAGAAAUGUAUUUGAUUGGAAAACAACUACGGUGCCAAGUAGCAAUAAAGAAUGUGAAGCCAAGCUACCAUGGCGAAACAACCCCAGAGCUACACCUUGGUGUAAGCUUCGUUGUUCGCAAAAUAGAUGUCCUCACAAGUAUUGCGAAGCAGCUUGCUACCUUUUAGUACCGCAAGGGUUUGGAAGGUCUUCAAAUUCAUAUUCUAGCCAAUAUCAAGACCAGUUUUUGAAAGCUCUGCUACGCGCCAGUAAUUCCAAGGCUUACGCAAAUGGAUUAAAUAAAACAAUGGAAACAGGAAAAUAGUGAUUUACACAGAACGAAUUUCAAAUGAUAUAUAUAUAUAUAUAUAUAUAUAUAUAUAUACAUAUGUUAUACAUAUACAUUAUAUAUAUAUAUAUAUAUAUAUAUAUAUAUAUAUACACACAUACAUAACGUAUGUAUGUAUAUUCCUUCCAUUUUGUUGAGGUAAACCCUUUAGCAUUUAAAUUAUUCUGUCAAAUAAUAUGUUUAUUUACCUUUUAUCUUCAUUAAUCAUGCAUUAUCUCCAAGCUUUGAGAUUUUGAUUAUCUGAUUGUUUAUUUUUAGAAUGACAUUGUAGGAUAGGUGGGAGAGGCUAGAUCUGGCCUGCUUGAACAUAAAACAGGUAGAAUACUUUCUAAAUGCUCACGGGUUUAAUGAAUACCUCAAGAGAAAUGAAUUCUGGACUGCGUUUUCUCAGAUAUUUUAAUAUUUUAAUAUUUUGGUAUUUCAAUAUUGCAAGAAUUAUAUACAAAAAUUCUCCGAAAUAAACGUUAGGACAAUAUUUCAUCCUUCAGAUUCUUUAUCUAUUGAGUAGCGGAAGAACUCUUUAAAGAUUUUAAACAUUUGUACAUAUUUGUCGAAAGAACAUGAAUAAAAAUAUUAUGAUUGUCGUA